AUGUAUUUUCUCCAUCACCACUCUACUGUUUCGUGUUUCCGAAAAGACAGCCACGCCCACUACAGUUGUGAUGAUGGGGUUGAAUUCGAUGGUAGGAAUGUACUGUCGUGCAAUUUGGUACGGAAAUGUGUCCGAGCUUACAUUCGAAUAUCUGAAGGUGACAAUACCGGUAGCAGUGACCAUGGCGCCUGUCGGAAGUUUUCUUGGUUCACAUUUCCAUCGACAGGUGCUUGCAUGCUUUGUGUAUAUCUUGGAGAUCCUGUCACUAGUGGGAUUUCUGAUCACAGGUCCGCCUGUGGCCCUCGUGCUUUUCGGUGCUGGGAUUAUCGUGGUCUCGUUCGUUUUCUUCUUCAUUAUAAGUAA